GCGCGCCUGGCAACGGCUGCGGUGGAACGUUACCCUCUUGGCUUGCUGGUUUCCUUAGAAACGGAGCCGGUCGGGCGGCGGGCGAAAAACGUCGACUACAGUGGGGUGCCUGGUGAAGCCAAGAUGCCGUCUAAAGGAAAGGACAAAAAGAAAGGCCGCAACAAAGGCAAAGACAAGAAUAGAGUUAUGCUCCAAAGCUCCCCUUGUUCAAGAAGAAUCACCCAAUUAACUCCCUUAUCAAGAAGAUAAUAAUAAAAGCUGAUGAAUCUGCAGUGGUCAGAGCCAAGGCCAAUGCCUCCCUCUGGGAGGCCAGGCUGGAAGUCACAGAACUCUCUAGGAUUGAGUAUCGUGAUACUUCCCGGAGACUGGCAAAAAGUAAUGAGGACUUAAAGAAACAGCAGUAUAAAAUGGAGAAAGACACAAUGUCUGUAUUAAGUUACCUGAAGCAGCAGGAUCAGGAGAAAGAUAAUAUGAUUGAACAACUGAAACAGCAAUUGAAUGAAACAAAGGAAAAAGCCAAAGAGGAGAAGGAAAACUUGGAACAAAAGUAUACUGUGCAAAUAAAUGAGCUGGAAGGAAAGUUCCGCCAAAAAGCCAGAGAAAUUGGCAUGAUUCAGACAGAGCUGAAAACAAUAAAACAAUUCCAGAAGAGAAAAAUCCAGGUGGAGAAAGAAUUACAUGAUCUGAAGGAGAAUUUAAGGAACAUGGAGCGGAAACAUCAGGAGACUCUUAGAAGAUUGGAGGGCAGGUUUUUUGAAGAAAAGCAUCGACUAGAACAAGAAGCUGAAAAGAAGAUAAUAAUGCUGACAGAGAGAGCGCACCAUGAAGCUAUUGCGCAGUUGAACAAUGCUGGAAGAUCUGUUUUUAAAGAGAAUGUUUAUCUCCAGAAAGCUCUCGCAUACCACCUGAAGGAAGCUGAUGCUCUACAAAAAAACUCCCAGAAGUUGCAAGAGACUCAGACUUCCCUUUUACAUCAGAAGGAAAUCAAUGAUCUGUUGGUUAAGGAAAAGAUAAUGCAGCUUACCCAGCAGAGGUUACAAAUCCAAACUCUUCAGAAGAAGGUGGUAAGCUUGGAGACUGCCCUGAGUUGUAUGACCAAAGAGUUUGAGGCUGAAGUUUUAAAAACGCAGCAACAGGCAAUGAUAGAAAACCAAGCAGGUCAGGUUGAAAUCGACAAACUACAACAACUUCUCCAGAUGAAGGACAGAGAAAUGAAUCGAGUAAAGAAGCUGGCCAAGAACAUACUGGAUGAGAGAACAGAAGUGGAAAGGUUUUUUUUAGAUGCUCUACACCAAGUGAAACAACAGAUCCUAUUUGACAGGAAGUGUUACAAACAGGUAGCUCAAUCUGCUUUCAAUUUUAAAAUGAGAGAGGCAUGUGCAGGAAGAAUAGAAUAUCCCCAAAUUCGAACGUUCGAUGGCAAAGAGCACAGCACCAACAGUGUGGCUCAAGAUUUUACGGAGGCUGAGAAAUGGAUGAAUAUUCAGAGAAAUGUGGAUAUUGGAGAUUUGACCUGGGAGCAAAAGGAGAAAGUCUUGAGACUGCUUUUUGCAAAAAUGAAUGGUGUUGUUUCCAGGAAAUAUAGCCAGAACUGUAGGCCUUCAGUUCCAGACUCUGUUGUUGCUGAUGAUAGAGAAACAAAGGAAUUUGGGGAUGACAGGAAGCUUCAAGAUCAAAUCUUCAUCACUCAGCAAGUACCAAUCUCAGAGUCUUCUGGUGAAGUGAUGAUACCCAAUAUUCAGAAAGAAUAAUAAGAGUCUGACAUAGUGAGGAGUCUAUAAUCUAACCAAACAAUACAGAUAGUAACCACCACCUUUCCCCCAUGGAACUUCUUGCUAAGUCAUAGUGCUUUUCUCUACUAGCCAAGAGCUCUCAGGGAUCAGUGAAAAGAGUAAUAACAUGUGUAAAUAUGUCUACACUGUGGCAGGCAUAUUAUAUUUAACGCAAAUGCACAUUUGUGCUUCUUUUAGUAAAAUGUGGAAAACCUAUAAGUUAUCUUGUGAAGUAUAAAGGCUAGCCCAAAUAUGUACUAUCUUUUAUAUAAGAAUAAACAUAAUGACCAUGUAA